AUGUCGCGAAACUUUUACCAGGAUGCAGAUGCCAAGGCGCAGGCACCGCUGGUGCCAGACGUGGCCACUCCCACGGAUCUAUCGACCACGACGCUGUCAACUGGGAACCAGAUCUACGAUUCCGAGGCUCUACACAACUGGUUUGGCCACUGGAGAGGGUUCGCGGUGAACAAAUACCACGUCUACAAGGCGGAAUGGGAGACGCAGAAGAGUGCGGCGGCGAACGAGUGGCAGAGUGCCAAAGAUUACUCUGCGAAGAACAUAGCCACGGAUAGAUACGAAACCGAGGAAUUGAUGGUUCCAGCCGGCAUACUUGCCUUGGGAGCGUUCUUCACCGGCCGUGUGCUCACCAACCGCCGCAACUGGCAGCGAGUGGGCGGGGCGCGCAUUUUGACUAGUUUCCCAAGCCGAUUGGUGGUUCCUUGGGCGCUCGCGGCCACAGUGGUGUCACAGUUGUUGCCAGCGACGUGGUCGAACGCGGUGCGGGCAUUGGAGCGAGACGUGUUGCCCGAGCCCUGGGUUCACCAGUACCACGCGGCCUGGGAGCACCUGCACUCGCGCGGGUUCCGCACCAGGUGGGACGAUGUGGAACGCACCGUGGAUGCGUCCUUACAACGGGGCAUUCGUGGCGUGCGGGAGUACGUAGUGGAGCAAAUGGGGUGGUAG